GGCGGUACUCACAGGCUUGGGCACCGUAGGUGCAAGCUGCCACGACGACCGCGGCAAGGGAAGUGAACUUGGCGUUGAAGAUCAUGGCGGACCGGUGCUGGCAGGCGAAGAUGUGCGAGCAAAAACGUGAAUGCGGCGGAUCGAUAACUGUGUCCCCGGACCCGGACACCGCUGUCUAUAUACUCUUCGAAGUUUAGGUCAGAGUCACGAAGCCCUGCAAUGACGAUACCAAUGUGUCCUCGGCGAGACCAUGUCCCGAAUACGUCUGCUCGGUAACAAAUGAGGCAUGCAGGUCGUCAGGCCGCCCCGGAUUUCAACGGCCCGCAUUGCAUGCUCCCAGCGGCCUGCUCCUUCACUGCAUCAUACCCGACCGAGCCCGCUGCCUAAACACAUCGCAAUACCCGCCGCUCCCCUCCUUGCGCACGGAAUAACCAUGCGUAAUGUGUUAUGUCACUCCAUCGUUGUCGGAUGCUACCAUCAGGCUGGGCCUUCAAUUUUUCCGCACGGCGAUACGAUUCGCCACCUCGGCGGCCCCGUCGUUCGUGUUCAAGCCCCAAGGUACGAAUGUCGGAAUGACCGCUCCACCGUAUGGCACCGCGGCGGAACCAAAGGCGCACAGUCUAAAUCGGGACUUCCCGCCUGUCCUACUUACGCGCUACAUAUGACGCGUACCAAUGUGUCGGCAGUUGGUGAGUUACUCAAUGACAUCCUUGCGAGAUAUCAGACUGCGAUAGUGGAGGUCUCACAUAUUAGCAGCACGGCCCAACGGCACAAACCGCGAUAACUUCUUCACCACAGCUGAGUUACUCAUUGGAAUUUGGACGAUCCCCGCUUCACUCGGUGUAUCGUUGAAAUCCACAGCGCUCCACAGAAAGCGGCACCGAUA